AUUUGACCCACGGCUGAUUCUUACUUGACUGCACGUCUUCAACUUCCAUCAUUUACAACUCCGUCUUUUCAUUCAUCCACCUUACAUGUCUUUGUACUCUCUUUCUUUUAUCAUCCAUCAGAUUAUACUUUCCGAAAUUCACUCCAGCUUGCAAUUCCUCCUCUAGGAUUGCGCAUAUCAACAAAAUAAUUAUUUUAUUGAGCUUGGGGUUCUGAAUAACCCACCCAUCUGCCCGGGCGCAAGAUUACCUCUCAAUAAAUAUUCCGACAUCAACUUCGCGUCACGUCUUGACCUACCAUCUCCCCAUCUCUCCAUACAUCGCAUUACCCGAUCUACCGAUGGUCAUCCUAGUCAUAUAACACCGUAGGCUGGUCAGCUUGGAUAUCUGUUGAUAUCUUGCGCGCCUCAGGGUCCGUAGGUGACAGAUAGCCAACAUUUACGUUGCCACCAUGAGCGCAACACCAUCCCCUGCUGGCGGCCCUAACGGCCAAAAGCCAACACCUCCUUCGGGUGCGCCGCCUCUGCGACGACCCCGUCGACCUGCCAAUCCUCUUCGCCCUUUUAAGCGACCUCAGAAUAAAGCACCACCUUCGAAAGUCGGUAAUGGACAUGCACCUAGCAGUAACACUGCACCUCGACCUGGCGGUCGGCCACAACAGAAUUCAACGCAAAGUAACCAAGAUCCCCAGAAUUUCGAAGCUCUCCGCGCGCAGAAUGGAGGAUGGUCGGAUCCUCCGCCACCCGGCUGCCAGGAGUAUCCUCUGUUUCUUACUAAGAAGUCUUUCAAAGAAGGCAUACGUUUUCAUGUCAUGCGGUUCGCCCCACAUGGUGGCAAACUCGCACAGCCUGGUGGUCCUGGCGUUGACCCUACGAAUAUGGAAGAAUUCACUCGACCUGUGACUUUGCAUCGACGCGACCCCAGACAACCGCCUCCAGGCCGCGAGGUCAAAGAGGAUACUCCUAUGGAGGAGGAGAAACCCGAAGACAUCGCCGAGGCCGAGAGAAUUGCACAGGUAAAGGCACAGAGAGAAGCCCAGCGUGCGGCCGAGAACGCCCAGAAGGCCCCCGUCACCAAGGACCUAAAUCCCAAGAAGCAGCAACAACAACAGGAGAAGACGAAGAAACAGGCUGUACAGAUCCACCACGCACCACGCUCUGAGGAUCAGAAGAAGCAACAGGAGAUUCGUUAUGAAGAGGCCCUCCCAUGGCACUUGGAGGAUGCUGACGGGAAGAAUGUUUGGGUUGGGCAGUACGAAGGUCCCUUGUCUGAUUGCAAGGUGGCAUUGUUGAUCCACAAUAAAGGAUUCCGCAUGAUGCCUCUGGAGAAAUGGUACAAAUUUGCAUCGAAGCGUGGAUCGUUCAAGAUUAUGUCUAUUGAGGAAGCUGAGAAAGCUAUGAACAAGAAGGUUGCUCUGGGUCGUUGGGCGGUAAGAGAUAAUCAGCGCCAAGAAGCUGAAAAAGCUAUGGCAGAAUCUCGAGCUAUCGUGAACGGUCGCCCAGCGGUCAAGCUAGAGAGCGGUACAUUCAGACAGGCAUCGCGUCAUGAGAAGAUCGACCAUGACGACAUUGACAUGUCGGGAGAUGAAUUCCAGGACGAUGAUGAAACCGCAGGAUACGAGCCCGAUCGUGAUGAGGAUACAAAAACGGCCAAGAACCGAAUCCGCCGAGACCAACUUGCGGCCAACCUCUUUGGCGAGGGCGAUGAGAUCAAGGUUGAAAAGGAAGAAGAAGAUGAGAAGAAGGAGGAGUAUCAGCUGAAGCUGUUUGGCAAGUCCCUUAAGAAGGCACUGAAGCGACGUGAUAAACAGUUCCAGUACGAUGACAGCGAUUCUGACAGGGAAAGAAAUCCCUUCGCUUCCUCAGAAGACGAGUCUGACUCCGAUGACGACAACGAGAAAGACGAUGAGGAUAAGAAAGCGGAUAAGGAUAAGGAUGGAGGAAGCACAUCCAAGGGAGCAAGUACCCCUCAAGGAAAGAAGGCAGCAGCUGAAGCGGCGAAGAAGGGCAAGUCUCUGAAACGACCCGGGUCUCCGAUAGUUUCAGACUCCAGUGGUACCGAAUCUACCCGAAAGAAGAAGAAGACUACGCAUGGUAGCCGUGACGCUACUCCCCUAACGGACCGCCGCUUGAAGCCCGGCGCCGGAUCUACUAGCGACGGCGAAGCUACUGCUGGUGAAAUGUCAGACGGCGCUGGAGGCAAGAAGAAGCGACUCGCUCCGCCGGCUGCAGGUGGAAUAGCUAGUUCUCGAGGUACCCCUGCAGGAUCGCGUGCUGGUAGCCCCGUUCCGCCUCAGGGUGCUGCCGGGAAGGGCCGAUCCAACUCCCCUGCCGCCCACAGUCCGUCUCAGGAGUACACCGACGUUAUCACAUCCCAGGAGAUCAUCGACGCUCUGCCUCCUCUUCCUCAAGGCGUCACUAUUGGUGUGUUCAUCAAGAGGUUUCAGAACCGUAUUGAUCGACCUGGUUGUAUGCCCAAGAGAGAUUGGAUUCGCUUGGUUAGAACUCACACUGAUUACGGCACUGACAAGCUCCUGCGCCGGAAGACCUAGUGGAGGAAAUCCUCGUGAAGGGUCGCAAUUACACCCUUGUGUUCGCCCACACAAGGCUUCCGUUUUCCGCACAAAUGUUUGUUUUCUUAUAACCAAUUUCGAUUUUUUCAUCCAUUGCCCUCCCUCCGGGUUAUCCUUUCGUGGCGUCAGGCUUACCCAGGGAUGUACGGGCUUGGAAUCAUGCGUCACAUUAGACCUAGCGAGUUGCGGAAAGUGAUGGAGAUGCCCGCGAUAAUGGCGUCUACGGAUAGGCACAUAUUCCAGAGAAACCGAGUAAAAACCAAGACGUUCUAUUAGAUUUUUCACGAACUGGGGCGGGUUUGCGCGUUAUUACCGCUGUUUUCUGAACGAGGGUUGCCAUCGGACAAAAAAUGGAUCAUAGCCUGACUCGCAGAUGACAUACAAUUUGCUUUACAACUGAAUCUGAAAGCCUUAAUUACAA